UGUGGAUCUCGCUCGAUGUUUGCGAAUGCGGCGCGGAGGAUGAUGCGUUAGACGACACGUAGCGUUUGCACGGGUCAGUGGCCCGUUUUAUCGCGAAUUUCGCGCCGCGUUUCGUGUUCAUCCGCGUUUAAAGCGAUCAUUUUUUCGCGGUUUGAUCGAGUUUAAUGGUUGGUCGUUUUUUAAAAAUAAUUUCGUCAAGGAAGCUUUGAGUUUGAUCAUUUUAGAUUUGAUUAGAGGAAUUUAUAGAAGCUCGCUAACAUUCUGUGAGCGAAAACGUGCAUAGGUAUAUUUUUUUUCUGUAAAAUAAACGAGGGGAAAAUUAAAGUAAAAGUUAAUUAGAUAUUUGUAAUUUAUUUCUGAUGAAAAUGAAAAUAGAAAUUCAAAGAUAUACCUUGAAAGAAAAUAGUUGCGGAUGGAAUUGUUAGCAGAGUUAAUGGAAUGUGUUCAAAAUGUAUUUAAAUUACGGUUGAAGAUCCAACAGGAAUUUCUGUAUUCUUCGGUGUACAUGGUAAAAUUUGGUGGACGUGGUUCCUUGUAAAUGAAAGCGAAUUAUUAUUGAGGCGAGUGACAUGAAUAUAGAGUGAAAGCGUCCCUUCUUCUUUUUUUUUUUUAGUUUUGUAUAGAAUAGCAAAGGAAGACGUAAUGUAAUUAAUGAAUAUUGGAGCGACGAUGGUUGGAAUUUAUGUCGCGGAUAUUUUAUCAUGUGUGUUCUUUGAUGUUUUGCACCAAGUAGUUGUAGUUUCAGUAGCCAUAAUUUAUGGCAAAUAUUACAUGGAUGAGAAGAGUUAAAUAUAUACGAUCAUCGUCUCGAAUCAGAGCUCUUAAGAUACUCUUAAAUAUUAUAAAAAUUCAAGUAAGACUGAUAGCAAAUUGUGAAGUAUUUACUGAUUGUAAAAAUGUUUUAUAAAUUAGUAAAAAAAUUAAAAUCUUUUCUUCUAUACUUCUCCCCAGAAAAUUUUAUAGAUCCAUUUAUUCCUCUGUGAAAUUUAACAAUAAUUAAGAAUUCGAUCGAGUAUCUAUAAUAUCGGAAAAGUUUCGAUUCUUCGAAUAUCGAAAUAAUUUUUUCCAUAAUUCUUGAUUUACGAAGAUGGAUAAGAAUAGAUUGACGAGAAUCUAUUUUAACUUUCCACAAGAUUUUUGUCAAAUAUUUAAAGAAGAGUGAAUUUCAUAAUCGAGGAAAUAGGAGAGUACAUUUCGAGAGGUAGAAUGUAAUAAGAUUUUAUAAGAUACGUGGGGAUAUGUUUUGCCGGUGAUUUUAUUACGAAAUUCAAUCGAUCGCAGAUCCCUCUUUCACGAAGACUUGUCCAUUGAACCGUGAAGGACUGGCUUAGAUCUAGAAAGCUACGGACAUGUAAUCAUUUUUACUCUGUGGGAACAUAACUGUACCUUAUAACUCUUACUUUAGAAACGAUUAUUAUUCCAAACACGUUCGCUAAACAUUGUAUCGUUCCUCCUUGUUCCUGAAAACAUCAAACUAUGAAUAUUUAUAAAGCUUACAAAAAGUAGAAAUCGUCGUAACUUAGGAACUUAAGAAUCACGAAACGAGGACAAGAUCAUUAUGAAAAAUGGAAUGCCUUUCAGAUUUCUCUGCGUGUAAAAAAAAAAAGAACUUAUAAAAAAAGAAAAAAAAAUAAUUAAAUGAAUAAAUAACGAUCUUGUCGAUUAAUUAAUUGAAAAAUAAUUGAAACAAUUAAUGCAUUCUUCUUAUCACCUGUUAGAUGAAUUUCAAUCGGGAAAAUUAUUUUAUAACAACUACAUGAAAAAUUCGUUUAAAAUAUAAUCUUGACCGUGUGUGAAUUGAUCGUGUAACACGUUCCUGAAGACAUUCUGACCUCUGGUCGAUUCCACGAAGCCACGUAAUGACGUAUACAUCCACACAUGUAUGACUCAAAUCCUCAACUUUCCAUUCAUAUGUUGCGGUCACACGUAGAAUAUUUAACGCCACCAUACCAUGUAAUAAUGGAUAACACAUACGGAUAAUAGAACGCGAAUAAUAGUCUUAUUAAGAAUAAUCAGAGGAAAUUGCAUAAUUUGCGAAAAUAGGAAAAAUUAUUUCUCUUUGUUUCUUUGUCUCCGGGAAAUGCUCUUUCUUUUCGGCAAAGAGCAGAAGAUAUCGGUUUCAUCCUUUCUUUGGAAUUUUUCUCUUAUUAUACGGAACAUUUAUCUCGAAUCGUUGCCAAAAGAAACUGUUUAAAACAUCAUCUUAUAACAAAUCUGAAAGCUUCGUACGAUUAUUCUACGACUCUUCUCCGUCUUCAACCUCUCCCAAAGGAUUUUCUCGAGACGUCAGCCAAGUAGUGCAACCGCAAAUCGGCCACGUUACGCGAUUCCCCGCAAAUGGAACGCCGAUGUUCCAACUUUCGAACGGCCGAAAUCGAAUUCGAACUUUUCUUCGGGGGCUUUGAUUCGACAGGCUUGCAAGGGUUGCUGAGCUAUUUUAAGUCGAUCUCGAGCUGCUUGCGGUUGACGUUGCUGGCUCGUUCACAAAUAUUGGAUUACUUGUUUAGAUGCGAAAAAUCUGUACGAUCGCUCGUUAAAUAAUUGAUUCCGCGUGAAAUUUUUCCUCGCCUGCGAAUGUUCAUUCAUUGCGUUACCCGAUUUAAAGCUAAGUCUUGAUAUAAUUGAAUAUCUUACGAGAAAACAUCCAGUGUUUAUGAAUCAGUAACAAAGACAUUUCUGUUCUUCCUGUGAUAAUGCAAGGUUUUCUGUUACUGCAUUUAUUAUUAUUAUUAUUAUUUAGCUCCAUGCUUCGAAUGAUUGAAUUAUCGAAAUGAGAAGCAACUAAGAAUGAUGUAACGGACGAUCUAUUGUUAAUAUCAUUCAAAAAGAUUCAGCUCGAUUAUCUAUCGAUCGAAAUAAAUAUGAUACAUCUUUCUUUCCUCAAGAUCAUCGAUAAUUAUCUUAUCUCCUCAAAAAAUAUACCAAUCGUUCACGAAUCCUUUUCUCCAAUAUCCUUUUUUUCUUUUAUUCUUUUUCAAGAGCAUAAUUGGUACAUCAUCCCGAUACUUACUACUCCACUAGAUAGACGUUUCUCGUUUUCACGAGAUCGACGUGUCGGUGUACAAAGAACGGACAAAGAACGAAGGAGAAACGGGGAGGGAGAAAAGGAAGAAAAAUUAACAUCCGCGGAGAAGAUAACGAGCUUAUCAAUCGCGUGCCAGACAAACGGCACCAGUCGUGUUUCGUCCCUCGAUCGGUUCGCGCGAAAGUCACGUUUCGAUUUCGAUUCAUUCGGUCCACAACGUACGUUCAGGAAUUAAUGAAAAAUUUCCUCAAGAAUUCCAUCGAGUGAGUGAAUCGAGUGAACCGAGCUAAUGGUGAGAGAAGAAGCGUGCCUCGUCUUCGAUUCGUUCGCGAUUUAACGCUCCUUCUAAAAUUUCACAAUUGAUUAUUCGCUCGUGGCUCGAAGAAAUUGAGGUAAAAGAAAGAAAAAAAAAAAGAAUUGGAGAUGAAAUAUCGUUGAAGAAUACCAUUGGAAUUGUGGAUCAGAAGAAAAAGCUGUUUUGCAAAUUCGUUCGGAGUUGGAGGAUUAUUGGAGUGGACUGUUGGUGUUUUGGUCGCGAUAUCUUGCUCUCCGUCUUUUUGUGCAUCUUCUGGGAAUCCUUUCCUUUCCAGGAAAUGCAUUUUACGGGGAAAGGGACGGGAUUGAAUGAAGUUUUGUGCAAUUUUUAUCUGUCAAGGACGGGCACGUUCUUCGCGCUCUAUUGGAAAACUUGUAUGUUCGUGUCCAUGUUCUUUUUUAGGUGUUAUAGAUUUUAUAGAAAAAAAUUUCCAUUCGAGAUCGAGGAAAAGAAAAUCUCUCUUCGAUGAGUUGAUUUAUCAAAAAGAAAAAAAAAUGAAUUAAAUUAGUUUAAAAGUGAUAAAUAUAUAAUAAUAAAAUAAUUUAAAUUAAUCCAGAAAAAUUUAGCUGUAUGUUUGCACAGACUUGUUAUUAAUUUGUCGGGAAUGACAAUUUUUAUCUGUAAUUUCGUUAUCGAUUUAAUCAGCUGAAGAUAUCGCCGUUGGCUUAGUCAUAUUUCUUUUGUUUUGCGUUCGCAUUCUUUAGGUUUAAGAUGUUACAGUGCAAUUUAUUGGAAAUAAAUAUAAUUAGAAUUGGAAAUCAAGUUCGAAGCAAGAGGUUGGAAUUUUUUUCAGCUUCGCGAUUCAAUUGAAAAUAAUUAAAGCUCGUGUCGACGAGAAAAGGAACGAGAUAUUUCGAUAUCUUUAUUACGUAUUUUACAACUCGUGGAUUUUAUUCAAAUCUAAUUAACAAUGUUCUACUUAAUUUUUUUUUAUAUAUCUCUGUCGUGCUCGCCGCAAAAAAAUUUUCCACUCGCUAAACUAGUUCAAUCGUGCAGCAACUAAGUAAUAAACCCUUUCUUUCUUUUCUCUUUUCCUACAUACUGGUUUAUAUAAUUGUUAAAUAACCAAAUCUCGUGUAACGUAAUACAAAAUCCAUAAUUAAUAAUUAAUAUUAAUAUUAAUAAAACAAAAAUAUAACUCAUACCUGACAUCGUAUUGAACAAAAAACUGGCCUCUUCGUUAACAAUAUAUUUUCACUUUCUUCCAUCCGUUAAUUAAAUAAUUCCAAUAUAACAAAUAAAUAACCCUAACCCUGCUCCAAACACAUCCUCUCCUCUUCUUCAAAAUCAUUCCCCAAAAUCUAUUCACGUGUCUUCUCCGCUCUUCUCGUUGCAUCCUCGAUGUGCUAGAAUUUUCUAGUAGCAAAUAGACGACAAGCGAGUGUAAAGGCGAGGGAAAAAGGCCUUCUUUCGAGAAACGGAGCGCGACAUAGAACCUAAAGAACAAAAAGAAAAGGAAAUAGAGAAAGAAAAAAAGAGGAGAGAGAAGUGUGAGACAGUUUCGCGAGAGGGAGAGGGGUUCGUUGUCGGGACGGAAUUUCACGAGCGUAGUUUCUCGUCUCGCAACGAGUUUUUCGUUUGUGUGACGCCAAUGGUGUCGAGACGAGGGGCCGCAGGAAGAACCGAAAAUAAAGUAGACAGCCGACGAGAAACGCGUAUGAAUAUGCGCCCGCUCUCUCUGCCCGUGUACACGCCACAAGCCUUCCUCCUGUUGGUCCGGCCUGAGUAGGAAAUUUUUAGCUCGUCGGUGAUGUGUGCAUCACAAAUUCUCGCGUUGCAACCGACCCCUGAGGCGGUUGGUCCGCCUCAUCCGUCACCGCGUCGUACUCUUAUUAAUUCGUCUUAAUAAUUGUACAGUCGUUGGAGUGGAUAUCCACAUCCGUGUAAAUAUUUCUCGACGGUCGUUGUUGUCUCGUCUUCGUACAUUGUAAGGGGAGCGGCAUUUUUCCCCUGCUCCUUUAUCCGCCUCUUGUAGAGGUUGCUCUGAAAAGAAGAGAAAUUGGUAGGUUGGAUCGAGGAGCGACAGGUGAAAUUAAGUUACGGAGUUUGCGGUUUGGCCGAGUUGCGAUUUGAGAUUUUAUUCUUGAGAGGUGGAUAAUUGGACGUUUCUUGGUAAUUCUCUUCGAAUUUUUGUAUUCUCUUUCUUACUUUUGCAUUCUUUUUAAAAUAAACGUCGUCAAGUUUUCUCCUCGUCCAAGUAUUGCACGGUGGUUUUCACUUCUUUAGACGGCAAGUGGCUGCAUUUAUUUUCUCUUGUAUAACUGGAAUUAUUUUCCUCUCGCGUGGAUUAUUUGAAUCGUAGAAAUCUCUCUGCUUAGGACGCUUCAUAGAAAGGUUUUUUAGGCUUCGUUCGAGAGCUAGAGCCUCGAAUUUUUCACAGGGGACGCCGCCAAUCCGGCAUCGCUUUCUACGACGCGACACGUGUUCAAAACCAUGUGUCACCGGGCCUCCAUAAAAAUCACACAGAAGCAGAAUUUUGUUAGAACAGGGUCGAUGGUCGGCACAGCAUACUUUCUUUUUCAAGAACACUUCAGUUUUAGCAUGCAUUUUUAGCCGUGUUCUGCGCUCUUCUCCUCUUGUUAGGUUUUUACGAUGGUGUUAGUUGUAAUGAAGCAUGUGAUGCCUUUUUUUUUAUGCCUAUGCGAGAGAUGAAAUGUUUUUUAGUAUUCUGACGUUAUAGCAGUAUAAAAUGAGACGGGGUUUGCCACGAAGGUUUCACGAUUAGGUCUUUCGAGGUUUAUGAUAAUGCAAUGUAAUAAUGUAAAAAUAUUCGUUUUUCUCAUAUUUCUUGAAAUUUUUAUACGCGAUUUUAUGAAUAUUUUAUAUUUGUGGUUUCUUUCUUUCUUUUUCUUUUUUUUCUUUUUUUAAAUUUUUGGAUUCAUAAAGAUAUUUCACGAAAUAGUUUAUGAUACUAUUUUUCAUCAUUUUCGAGGAAUGUUCAUUCAUAUUGUCGUAGAUUUUUCAAAUUUCGCCUUCGAACUUUAGCGUCGCCAGUAAAUAUAGAUUUUAUUUCAAGGAUGUAAUUUAUCUCGCCGCGUGUAAUCCUCGCAAACAAAAAUUUUUAAGACUAUAAGACUAUAAUUGUCUAUUUAUUUAUUUUCACACUCGUCAAAACUUCUUAAAAUUACUUUCAUUCUUUCUUAUCGCGCAAUCUCGCCAAAUUUCACAACUCUCAAUUCUUAAAGAAAACGAUUCGAUGAAUAUUUUAAUUACAUAUUUCCAUAAACUCAAUUUAAAAAAACUUACACUCAAAUCCGUCUAAUCGGUUCGUAUCCCCUCCCAAAAAAAUUCGCCAAUUUUUUUUUCCAAUUCGCCAAUUUAAUCGCAAAAAUUAAUUAAAAAUCUCCCGCCAAUCUCCAUCGAUCUCGACGAAUUCCUCAUCGAUUCGAUCGCGGUCAUUCAGCAUUGUCAAAGCCGCGAGUUAUUCUAUCGGCGAAACGCUCCAUUAGCCCACGAUAAACGCUAUCACGCGUCCCAUUUUACGCCGUCCCAUACGAUCUGACAGCGCCAAGUAUCGCUGGCCUACGUCACUGCGUGCGUAGUCACGUGACUGGUCGAGUCACUCUUUGGCCCUCAAGAAUCGUGAACGAUUCAGUUUAUCGUGACCCGCGAUGCGCUCGGCACCGUGCGUUUACAUCUCUUAUACCAUUGCCCCUCUCGCUCUGGCGAGUCUUAACCUCUUUCAACCUCUUUUUUCACGGUUAAUCCGAAGAUAUUUCGACCUUGAUACAGCGAUCGAUUCACCGUGAACGUUUUAUCGCGGAUCGGUUAUCGGCGACUUAUUAACCGGCCGUCUCGAAGUGUGCCAUUUUAACGAGGACAGCCUGUCGUCGCACGCCUGUCGUCUAGCACGAGUUUUACUUUUGACACGUUUCUGUGGAUCCAAUAGUGGCGGUGUUAAUACAAUUAAAAACAUCGAUUAAUUUCGAAAAGAUUACGUGAUUUUUGUUUUUUUUUUUUCUUCUUUUCUAUAUUGCUUUAUGAAAGAGAUGAAGAGGAGAGGUGAAAACACGAAUGUGAAAUGGCGUAUACUCACGAUUGAUAGUUCCAUUGGAGACCUAUAUUACAGUUUUUAAACGGGUAUCCAGAAGCCGAGCAUUAAAAAGUGAAAGGGGCACUCGUGGAGAAAUUUUAUUUCUCUGUGAUUUUUCUCGAGUGGUUUUCUUUUAUUAUACCGUGCACGAAGUACGUGAUAACGUAUCGAGGAAUUGUACACGUUGGUCGAUUUUAUCGAGUGGUGUUUGGAAAGUCGAAGGAGAGUCUGAAGUUGAAGGUAAUAUACUGUAGUAGUGGUGUGAGUGAUGAACGAGACGAGGGACAAAGGUGUGCUCGAAGGUGCGGUGUGAAAUGGAUACUGGAGAUAGUGGUUGAACGACAAAAGGGAAAAGUUUCGAUCUACGAAAAUGUUGAAGCACAUGAAUCGGACCGGACGACCUCGGGUCAUCGUGAGGAAGAGGAAAGGUCGUUCGUUGUCCAGAAGUUGGCCUGGUACACCGAGGCCCUUAUCGAUCGUUUCGAACGAGAUCGACUACCCGGAAUUACAUGGAGGAAGGAUGCAUCGACCACCGCACCCUCAUCCCAUAACUGACCAUCGACAGGUCAAUUUGGUCUUCGAUGACACGUUUUCUCAAGGCCUGACAGGCAGGCCAGAGUUAUACCAAAAGUCCAACAGAAGCAGCCAUUCGAGUGACACAAGUUCAGCAUAUAGUGGUUCAGACACUAUGACAUCUGUACAAGGAUCAUUAGAUGCAGAUCCAGAUGCAGAUGAUGUUGAUCUAUCAGGACUUGUCGAAUCCAUAGUGGAUAGUGAUGAAGAAGAAGAUCUUGCAGAAAGCAUGGAUAGCUUGACUGUCCGUGAUCCUGUCAGAGAAUGUUUAGAAAAAGAUCCUAUGGAAAGGACAGAAGAUGAUAUAGAAACACUCUUAGAAUUCACACAACAAUUAAAGGCCUUUACAAAUAUGACUUUGGCAGUAAGAAGAGCGCUGUGCGCUGUCAUGGUAUUUGCUGUAGUUGAACGUGCUGGUAUGAUAGUUUUGAAUGAUGGAGAAGAAUUAGAUAGUUGGAGUGUGCUUAUAAAUGGUGCUGUGGAAAUUGAGCAUAGCAAUGGAGAAAUUGAACAACUGCACCUUGGUGACAGUUUUGGAAUUUUGCCCACUAUGGAAAGACUUUUGCAUAGAGGUGUUAUGAGAACAAAAUGUGAUGAUUGCCAGUUCGUUUGUGUUACUCAGGCAGAUUAUUUCAGAAUUCAACAUCAAGGAGAAGAAAAUACAAGGCGGCAUGAAGAAAAUGGGAGAGUAAUUCUAGUAACAGAGUUAAGAGGUGCUUUAGAUGGCGGAGCACGCAGAGGUCAUGUAGUUAUUCGCGGAACUCCUGAACGUUUAAUGUUACAACUUAUCGAAGAAAACAGUAUUACUGAUCCUACUUAUAUAGAAGAUUUCUUAUUAACCCAUCGAACAUUUAUUGAUAGUCCCUUGUUAGUUGCAAGUCAAUUGCUAGAAUGGUUUGAUCAAGCACAAGUCAGAGAUAGAGUUGCCCGUGUAGUACUUCUUUGGGUAAAUAAUCAUUUCACUGAUUUUGAAACUGAUCCUGCUAUGAUGGAAUUUCUAGAAGCGUUUGAAGCUGGAUUAGAAAGAGAAAAAAUGCAAGGACAACAAAGAUUAUUAAAUAUUGCGUGUGCAGCAAAAGCGAGAACGCGGAAUGUAACAUUAGCAAGACCAACUAGGGAUGAAGUCUUACAUUUUAGUAUUUUGGGAGGGUAUGAAAGGGGUUUCGGUAUUUUUAUUUCAAAAGUGGAUAAAAAAUCAAAGGCUGAAGAUGUUGGUUUGAAACGUGGUGAUCAAAUUUUAGAAGUAAAUGGACAAAGUUUUGAACACGUGAAUCAUGCCAGAGCUCUUGAAAUUUUAAGGGGAUCUACUCAUCUUAGUAUAACUGUUAAAUCAAAUUUACUUGAAAUGCUUCAGAUGCCAGAUGAUUCGCCAAGACCGCGGGGAAGAGCAAACAAAUCCGAAAUUUCAAGAUUACAAUCAGAUCCACGUGCGAGGUUGUCAACGCAUGUGGAUACAGUAACUCCAGUAAAUCCAUUGAAUCCUUUGGUGGGUGGUGUACCAUUAUUAAUUCCUGAUUCUAACGUUUCUCCUUGUAAAGACGCUAAAAAGGAACAUAAAGGAUUCAUGACUCUUGGACCCAAAAAGAAAUUACAAAAAGCUCUCAUAAAAAUGAAUAUACUGCCAAAGAAUACUAUUAAUGAUGGUGUACAUGUAGAUGAUCCUCUUGCACCUCCUCAUACACCACCAGGAACAGGAGGACUUGCACAAACUACUAAUCUUUAUCACUCAAAAAGUAAUCCUGACCUUACAUCAUUGUAUUGCUAUGAUGAUUUAAGAGCACCUGACUAUCCAGAACAUGUUCUAAAAGUUUAUAAAGCUGAUCAAACUUGUAAAUAUCUUCUUAUUCACAAAGAAACAACAGCACACGAGGUGGUGAUGCUUGCUCUUCAAGAAUUUGGUAUAACUGAAGGUAGUUCGAAUUUUUCUUUAGCUGAAGUUAGUGUUGGAGAAGGAGGUAUGAUUAAACAACGCAGGUUACCUGACCAAUUGCAAAAUCUUGCGGAACGAAUUGGUUUAAGUUCUCGAUAUUAUUUAAAAACUAAUGGUAUUUCGGAGACUUUUGUAGCAGACGAACAAGCGCCAGAACUCAUACGCGAAUCUCAGGUUCAUUUCUUACAAUUAAAUGCAGUUGAAGUUGCAAUUCAAUUGACUCUACAAGAUUUCAGUAUAUUCAGGCAAAUUGAAUCUACAGAAUACGUGGAUGAUUUGUUCGAAUUAAAGAGUAGAUAUGGAGUGCCAAUGCUCAGGCAAUUUGCAGAACUAGUCAACAGAGAAAUGUUUUGGGUUGUGACAGAAGUUUGUUCUGAACACAAUCUCGUUCGACGUAGUAAAAUAAUAAAACAAUUUAUAAAAAUAGCAAGACAGUGUAAAGAAUGUAAGAAUUUCAAUUCUAUGUUUGCAAUUGUAUCUGGUUUGGGUCAUGGAGCUGUAUCCAGAUUAAGAGCUUCUUGGGAAAAACUGCCAAGUAAAUAUCAAAGGCUAUUUAGUGAUCUUCAAGAAUUAAUGGAUCCUAGCCGUAAUAUGAGUAAAUAUCGACAAUUGGUAGCAUCUGAACAAACGCAACCUCCCAUAAUUCCAUUUUAUCCAGUAGUGAAGAAAGAUUUAACAUUUAUACAUCUUGGUAACGAUUCUAGAGUGGAAGGUUUGGUGAAUUUCGAAAAGUUGAGGAUGAUCGCAAAAGAAGUAAGAACAUUAACGAAUAUGUGUUCUUCGCCAUAUGAUUUAUCGAUAAUGUUAGAAAGAGGUGGCCAACCACCUAGUUCUGCUAUGGUUGCGUUAAAUCAAAUGACAACUGGCAAUCAAGUGUUACAAUGUCCAGGAGGACAGACAGCUACGGUGAAAAGACGAAAAAAAUCUACCGCUGCACCGAAUCCGAAAAAAAUGUUUGAAGAAGCACAAAUGGUUCGAAGAGUAAAAGCAUACCUUGCCAAUAUGAAAGUAAUAACUGACGAGGAGCGGUUACACGCUUUGUCUGUGGAAUGUGAACCUCACGCGGGAGCUGCCGCAGUAGCUGCGGUACCUCUUAAUGCGAGCAGAGGGAGGAGACAUCCUUCUCCUACUCUAUCGACUACAAGCAGUGCCAGCAGCACUAGCGAAGGUAGAAAGAGUAUACAAGGUACAAAGUUCGGAGCAGCAUCGCCACAAGCAGUACGAAAAAUGUUGGCGCUUUCCGACCCCCAUAAAACUCGUCCCUACCAACCAAAACAUUGUCCACCGCCGCUUCCAGUGCCGGGAUUGGCAUUACAUUCCAGCGGACUGGAGCCUAGUCCCGGUGCACCUAGGAGAGUAGGAUCUGGUAGCCGAGUUCCUAUGCAUGAGAGAUCCCAUAGCGAUACUCCUUCCAGUUUACCACCACCUGUCGAUCUCAGUGCUGAAAGUAGUAGCGUAACCAGCCUGAGCAAUCUUCAGCCAUUAAGAAAAACGUUGACCAGUGGUUCGGUGACGAGCAGUGACAGUGGUCACAGUACGCAACUGGACAGCCACAGCGGAAGCAGCGUAGAAGCUGGUGGUAGUCCACCGCCACCUCAAAGACGGCACUCCGCUAUGCAAGGGUCUGUUUUGAGAGGUGGUGCACCUCCGUUCCCUCACGCGGUAGCAGUGUUACCUCCGCUUCCUGCCAACCACAACCAGAACCACAACCACAAUCAUCAUCACCACCACCACCACCACCACCACCAUCACCACCACCAACAUUAUUACGAUCAUCACCAUCACCAACCCCAAAAUCCUCAAGGUACUACGGGAUUAGGAGUAGGCGUGGGCCUAGGAGUGCCGGCGGCUCUUCCACCCCCAGGAGCUGGGACUACGAUUAUGACGACGAUGACUACCAUGACUACCAUGACGUCGAUGACGACGAUGCGUCCAGGAAUCGGUAGCGCGCAGUGCCGUCAACCGCCUGCUUACAAAGUUGCGGCCCAGAUGGCAAGGUUGCACAGGCUUGGCCGUGCCCACAGCCACGAGGGUGUUACCUACAGGAACGACCAUGAAGAUGACGACGAAGAAUCAGCCCAAGUAUCAGCAGUUUAAAAUGGUUCACGAGACAUGCGAGGACUCAUCCCUAUUCUUCUUUUCCCACGACCAAGAGGAGCAUGUUCGUCGUGCCACGUGUUAGACGAUUCCCUUAUCAAAAGGGAUCAAAAACGAUUCGCGAGACGUGCAACCCUCUUUCAAUCGGGUUCUCGUACGAGGCAAAAACUGUAUCGAGGAAUUCGCUCGAGGACCAACGGGGUGCACACAAGAAAUGCAAAAAUAAUCGACACACACACGCACAGUGCUUUCAUGCCGGAGAGUUCUCGAUUGUCAGGCCGGAUUUAAAGGAACUCUUUUGGAGAAGAACGCGUUUCGAGCAAGAGGAAAGAAACGCUCGUCUUCCAGAACUAAUAUAAUAAAGAAAAUAAGAAGAAGAAAAAAGGGUGGAAACAGAAGAGAAGUUUAGAAUCUCGAGCUACGCCCGUUAGAAUUCCACGAGGGCACCGAACGAAUAACGAGUAUGUAAUAUCUUAUUCAAAGAGUACUUUGAAGGGAAGCAAAGACGGAGAGAAAAGACAUACAGAUAUAGAAUAUAAUGUUUGUAUCAGACUGGAUGAGAAUGUUGGUCCGAUACGAAGGUGCCACGUCGAGUUUCACGUAGCGGCUACUCAGAGAGAGAAAGAGAGACUAGGCGCGAGAAAUUUACGGUCAUAAGUAAUAAUUCUCUAUAAAUGUGUAAUAAAUCGAGUCCAAAGAUGUUAUAUAUACCGCGUAAUCGUCGGAGGGAGUACGAAUGACAGCGUGUCCUGUAUUAUAUUACUUUUUAGGCUAACCCCCGAACGCCCAGAGUAGCUUAAGUAUACGUUUUUUGAUGUACAUAGCGUGUAGCGUUUAAUGUAGUGUGUAAUAUGGGCAAGAGUGAUGUGUGUCUUUAUGGGUUUAUAUAAGUGCGUAUGUGAAGACGAGAGAUAAUAGGAAAUUCUAUAUCAAGCCGAAUGUAUAUUCAAGUUCUUUUAUAUUUUUCUUUUAUAAUUUUCUCCUUCGAUACAUUUCGUCUCUACGAAAACUCAUUUUUUUUUUUUUUUUUUAUAUAUAUUUCAAUUAUCACAAUUCGACCUAUGUGUUUUUAUCCGAUUUAUUAUUAUUAUUUUUUUUAAGAAUCAUCCACAAUGUUUUUAAAUAUUUUUUUUUCUUUUCUUUUCUUUUCGCUUACUAUGUAAUACGCGAAUAUUAUUUACAUGGCUCCCAAAAGCAUAAAAAUUUAUCGUAUCGAUGGCGUUUAAGAAAAACCCAAUUUUUACGGCUUCGAUGUAUGUGUAUGUGAAAUUUUAUCGUUGACGCGAUCAUAAGUACAAAGUAUUUUUCGAGGGACUAUAAUGAGAAGAACGAACGACGAGUCAUUUGUAGAAGAGCGUAUUGUAAGAAGAAUGUGUAUCGUUCCUGGGCUUUGGAAAUUCUUUUUUUUUCUUUUUUUUUUUUUUUUAUUAAGUUCUAUCCACGAUAUACGAGUGAAUUUAUAUGGCUCGUAGUAUUUUAAUCAGCCUCUAAUAUAAUAUCCAGCGCGAGUGUAUGUUAGAUAGGAACGAGAGAAAGAGAGAAGAAUCGAUCGUCAGUAAAAUUAAUAUUAAAAGUCGUGCGUUUAAUGAGUUUAAAGAGUGGGAGAAAGAGAGAGAGAGAGAGAGAAAGAGAGAGAGAGAGAGAGAGAGAGAGAGAAAGAGAGAGAGAGAGAGAGAAAGAGAGAAAUAUGCAUGCAUGCGCGUUCGAAUGAAUGAAAGAAAGAAAGAAAGAUAGAGGAAAUAAAUAUAACAACAAGGUAUUAAACGUUUCAGGAAGGAAAUUGAGAGGAUAUAAUAAUCGAUAUGCAUCGCGUAUGCUCAACUUAUUUUUACCGAAUAACUAAUUAAUUAUUAAUCGAAAAUGAAUUUUAGAUCUGCUGUAACUUAUAUUUCUCGAUCUUCUCGAAUUCGAUCUGUCGUUAUCGAAAAAUAAUAUUAAUUGAGCACCGAAACGCAUUUGUCGGUAACUAAUAUUUUCCGAAAUUUUAUCAGUAUCACGGUACUUUUAGUUUUAUAUAAAAAAAAAUAUAUAUUAUAAAUAUAUAAAUAUAUAAAUAUAUAAAUAUAAUAUCUAUUAUAUGUAUAAUCCGCGCCGUGCGAGAAGAGCGUGUUAAACGAAAGAGAACGAGCAGACCGACUCUUUCUAGCCUCUGUCCUAAGGAGAUAAGACUCUCAAAAGAGGGGAAGAUUCUCAAAAAAUUAUAUAUCGGCUCGUUUCGUCGACAGGCUGCGACGAAAUUAUCAACAAUAAUUCAGAAAAACUAAAAUAUAUUCACGGUGCGAUAUAAAGAUGCGUUUUGUAUGGACGGAAUUGUACGACUGAAAAUUUCAUUCUUUCUUAUACUCGAAAAUAUCAAAGAUGAAGGGAAAAGAUAACGAACGCGGAUUUAUUAGGACAGAGAAGGCCUAACUUCAAAGGCAUCUCCUUUCGCGACGAACGAUCUGCCAAAAUGCGCGUAGAAAACAAGCAGCAGUCUCGAGGAUUAACACGGUGCUUCCUCCCUCUAUCGUAUUCUAGCUUGAAACGCUCGAAGUUCUUAAAAAAAAAAAAAAAAAAAAGUUUUUUUAAAAAAAAGAAAAGUCUCGAAAGAAUUCUUGACAAAAUUUUUUUUAAGAUUUUCGAGCGUCUCGUAUAUUAUAUCGACAUUCCACGUUGUUGCGACCUGUCGAAUCGUGAAUCGUGCCCCGACACAAAUGCUUCCCAAAUGCGACAGACUGUUCCGAAAUAUGUUUAAAUAUUACAUCUAUCCUGGAAAAUGUAUAAAAGACACGGAUAAAUCGUCGAACACCGUGCUGAUCCUCGCCACGUUCGACCCGCGCGGAAAGAUGGAUUUUCGCGCGGAUCCUGCGGAAAUGGCGACAUUUACUGCAUAUUCAUAUUAAUAUCUCUUUGUACAUAUCCUUUAAUGAACUUUUAAAUAUUAUUAAUUAAUCUCGAACGUUCUCGAAGGAAGUGUUUGGUAAUAAUAAAAUAAUAGCGAGCGUUGUGUCCAGCAGCAUUUAAAAUAUCGAUCGAGAGAAAAAGGUUCUUCGAGCGUAGAAAGAAGAAACGAACGAAACAGGCAGGGAACCGAUGCUAUUUCCGUUCUGUUUUUCUUUUUUAUUCGAAAGUAUUGUAAGAUCGAUCAUCCGUUAUCUCGUUUGCGUUUUUUUUUUUUUUGUUUUUUUUCUUUUCCAAGACAUUUCUGAACGAUCUUCCUGUUUUUUUUUUCUCUCUCUUCGCACCUUUGGCGGUUCAAGGAUACAUGGUCCAUUCCAGGGAGCAUUUACGCCUUUCCUUACCGAUUUUCGCGAUUACUGUGAUUCUGUUUAUUUUUUGAGAAUUCUUCCUGAGAGAUCUUUCUUAAAAAAAGAUCCAACGAACUAUACCAGUUACAUUUUCUCGUGAAAAUUCAAUUGUGCUAGUCGAUACGAAAUUAAAAUAUUACUAAUAUUUACUAAUACAAUAUAAUUUUAUCGUAAUUUAUCGUAACCAAUAUAAUUUUAUCGUAAGCGAACCUCUAAAUAUUGAAUUUCUUCGUGAAAUGUAAACUAGGUGAAAGGAAAAUUCUCGAAAACGAGCGGAAUAAUCGAAUUGCGAAGAGGACGGUAAACGAUGAUUGUCAAGUUCGAAUAGUCUUGAAUUGCCGAAGCUCGAUCCUUCCUUUUUCCCUUAAUUAUUUCGAACGAAACGAUCCACCUUGUCGUAGAGUUUGUACAAUGCGAGCGUGUGAGUAUGUUUGUUGAGAAAAAGAUAUAUAUACAUACAUACAUACACACACAGACACACAUAUAUAUAUAUAUACAUAGAGAGAGAGAGAGAGAGAAAGUCAAAAUAUGUAGAAAAACCUUUAAACUUUCUUCUUCCACGAGCUCUGUCCCUCUUACUCCCUUAAUUUUUAUCCCUCGAUGACUUCUUUUUACUUUUUAUUUAAUGCUCCUUGCCCUCCCUCCCGUUCUCCUCUGUUGUUUUUAAUUAUUUAUAUUAACUCGAGAAUGGAGCGACUGCGAGUCGUGGUCGGCACGAGCAACAACAACAAAAAAAAAAGGAAAACGGAGAUACGACAACCUCUUUUGUAUUUAAUUUGUUUAAUAAAAAAAUCAUGGAUCAUAGUACAACAUUCCCGAUUGCGUUUUGGUUAACAUCAAGGGAACCAGAACUCGUUUAUUUCUUUUCUUCUUCAUUUUUCAUCCGAAAACACGCGUCGUUCGUCCUAAACUCCUCGACUCCUCCUCCGAUCCGUUAUUCCUCGUUACGAAGAAAAACGAGGGAAAAGUAAAUUAAAAAGAAAGAAAGAAAGAAAGAAAGAGAAGAGACUAAUAAAACGAAACAAGUACAAAGGAAACGAUAUCGAUGAUAAUCGAACAACCAAAAAAAAAAAAAAAAAAGAAGAAAAACGACAAGACGGAGAUAGAAGAUAGAACAAGCUCGUUCGUCAUCGAAUUGGCUCACGUUUUUUAAAGAUUUUUUUUUGUUUUUUCUUUUGUACAUAAUAAAGAGGAACAUGCGCGUGAGAUGCGCCAUUCUUUCCGCGAUUUUUUCACUUGGGUUUUCACUUCUUUCGACCGAACUCUGCGUACGGUACACGUUAUUGACGAAACGACCAUGCUAAAUCGAGAGAAAGCAUCGAAUUUUUCCACGAACGCCACUGGAUUUUGCCUUAGAAACCGAAAAAAAAAAAGGAUGUAGAACCAAAUUAUAUGUACGAUCGAAGAUAACACGGACGAGACGACGAUCAUUAUUGUAAUCGUUCCGAUUCUUUGCUCUAAGAUGAAAGCAUUUUAACCCAUUAUUUGGCGAUUAAUCGAAGGUAAAUUUGUUAUCUUUUAAACUUUUCUUUUUUAAUCAACGAGAUUUACGUAGUAAUUUUUCGUAAUUUGAUUUUUAUUUUUGGAAAAAUGAUUUUAGGAGAGUAUGCGAUUUUUGAACGUUUAAAUUCUAAUCUCUCGAUUUUGUUUCAUAUAGAUAAAGAAAAAGAUCCGUAACGUGAAUUUUUUUUAAACUGAUUCGAGCAACUGAAACCUUGAUACUUCAAAAAUUCGAAAUACGAAAAUGAGGAAGUAUAUUUUUAUUGAAAAAAAAAAAAAAAAAAACGAAAAUGAAUGAUGGCCAAAUAAAGGGUUAAAAGAAUCGUAUUUUUAUAAAGUUUAUUACGAUAUUAAGGUGAAAAUAUCAAAGGUCAAUGAGAAGUUACCGUACAUAAGAGAAGAAUACGUGGGAACGAAACUGGUGGUGAUACUAUUGCUACUAUUUUGUACGAUAUGAUGUUUUUGUAUAUCUGUCUACCGUAUGUAUAUAUACAUAGGAACGAAGUCUACCGAUUAUUGAAUAGAUGGUUCAAAUUGUAUCGAACACGUAUUAAACAAUUUGUAGCGUGGCGGACACAAAACUCCGGUUGUAUUUACCAUGAGUCACACAUAGAUGUUGUUCCCAUUAAUGUACACCUGUAAAAUCCCUAUCGAACAAUAUAUGAACUACUAAAGGAUUGGUAAA